AGCUAAAAAAAAAGUCGAAAGAAAUUGCUCGUCGUCGUCGGUUCGGUUCGCGAUCGAAUUACGGAUGUUUAUCGCGGAAUUCUGGCGAAGAAGUGCCCAGUGAAGAGCCAAGUGUCCGUCCGCGGGUGCGUCAUCGCGUUCCCCCCAGAAGAGUUCGGUUCCCCGACGAUGGCCACCGUCGUUUGGUGGGAGUGAAAGUUUUUUUUUUCUGCAGAGUUUCGCGUUUUUUCCGCUUCGGUGCCUUUUUCCUCCUGCUUCGUCUGGUCGUGUCCAGAUUUGCCACGGCAAAAGGGUGAGGGGGUGGUCCGCGGUGGUGUAGCAGCUUGCAGGAGAUUAUCUGGUUAAAGUGUUGUCCUCUGGAAGGCAGAAUGGCACUCAAGAAGGUGAAGGGAAAUUUCGAGCGGAUGUUUGACAAGAAUCUGACGGAUCUGGUCCGGGGCAUCCGGAACAAUAAGGACAAUGAGGCCAAGUACAUCGCCCAGUGCAUGGAGGAGAUUAAGCAGGAACUACGCCAGGAUAAUGUGAACGUGAAGGCGAAUGCCGUGGCCAAGCUGACGUAUUUGCAGAUGUGCGGCUACGACAUCAGUUGGGCCGGAUUUAACAUAAUCGAGGUGAUGAGCUCGAACCGGUUCACGUGCAAACGGAUUGGCUAUCUGGCGGCGAGUCAGUGUUUCCAUCCGGACAGCGAGCUGCUCAUGUUGACCACAAACAUGGUCCGGAAGGAUCUGAGCUCGACCAAUCAGUACGACGCCGGCGUGACCCUGUCCGGGUUGAGUUGCUUCAUCUCGACGGACCUGUCUCGAGAUUUGGCGAACGACAUCAUGACGCUGAUGAGCUCAACCCGGCCGUACCUCCGCAUGAAGGCCGUCCUCAUGAUGUACAAAGUGUUUCUCCGAUAUCCGGAGGCGCUCCGUCCGGCGUUUCCCAAGCUGAAAGAAAAGCUCGAAGAUCCAGAUCCGGGCGUCCAGUCGGCGGCCGUCAACGUGAUCUGCGAACUCGCUCGGAAAAAUCCUAAAAAUUAUCUUUCGUUGGCACCGAUUUUCUUCAAACUGAUGACCACUUCCACCAACAAUUGGAUGCUCAUCAAAAUCAUCAAGCUGUUUGGUGCUUUAACACCGCUAGAACCUAGGCUAGGCAAAAAGCUUAUCGAACCGUUGACCAAUCUGAUUCAUAGCACCUCGGCGAUGAGCCUGCUGUACGAGUGCAUCAACACGGUGAUCGCCGUCCUGAUCAGCAUCAGCAGCGGAAUGCCCAACCACAGCGCUUCCAUCCAGCUGUGCGUCCAGAAGUUGCGCAUCCUCAUCGAGGACUCGGACCAAAACCUCAAGUACCUUGGUCUGCUGGCGAUGUCCAAGAUCCUGAAGACGCACCCGAAGAGCGUCCAGACGCACAAGGAUCUGAUUCUGGCGUGUUUGGACGACAAGGACGAGUCGAUCCGGUUGAGGGCGCUGGAUCUGCUGUACGGGAUGGUGUCGAAGAAGAACUUGAUGGAGAUUGUGCGGCGGUUGUUGGGGCAUAUGGAGCGGGCCGAGGGGUCGGCGUAUCGGGACGAGUUGCUGUUCAAGGUGAUUGAGAUUUGCUCGCAGGGUUCGUACCAGUACGUGACGAACUUCGAGUGGUAUUUGACGGUGCUGGUGGAGUUGAUCCAGCUGGAGUCCGGGUCGAAGCAUGGCAAGGUGAUUGCGACGCAGCUGCUGGAUGUGGCGAUUCGGGUUCAGGCGGUUCGGACCUUUGCGGUCAAUGAAAUGUCCACGUUGUUGGCGUCGUAUCCGAUUGCGGCCCAGAACAGCACCAUGCACGAGGUUCUGUACGCCGCGGCUUGGAUCGUGGGCGAGUUUGGAAGCUGUCUGGACAAUCCGGAACAGACGUUGAACAUCUUGCUGCAGCCGCGACAGGUCCCGGGCCACAUCCAGGCCGUUUACGUGCAAAAUGCCACCAAGCUGUUCGCCAAUCUGGCCCACGAUUGUCUCGAGGAGGACAACCUGGCCGACGUCCGGAAGUACUGCGACCAGCUGCUGGACGGCCUGCCGGUUUACCUCAGCUCGGGUGACAUCGAAGUACAGGAACGGGCCAGCUCGGCCUUCAUGACGGUGCAAAUGCUCAAGGCGCGCUUGGCGGCGACGACGACCGGAGACGGAACCGCCGCAGAUAUCCUCGACGACGUUGACGUCGUGGUGCUGGGGAAGCCCUCGAUUCCACCGGAAGUGGCCGCGCUGAUUCGAGAAAUACGCGAACUCUUCGUCGGCGAUCUCAACCCGGUCGCUCCGAAGGCCCAGCGCAAGGUUCAACUGCCCGAGGGACUCGACCUGGACGAGUGGAUCAACACGCCGCCACAGGUCAGCAGCGAGUCCAGCGACGAGGAAAAGUUCUCGCUGUUUGGACACGGAGUCGGCGAAGAUCGCGGCGAGACGACCAACGGUGGCGAGCAUCGACGGUAUCGCCAGGUCGAGCAGACUCCCGAGGAGAUGGAGCGGCUCCGCGAAGCUCGCAUCCUCGAGCAGACCAACAAUCCGAACUAUCUCAAGCCGGCCAAAAAGAAGUCGUCCUCCCAAGACUACCAGAACGCGGAGAACUACGACGAAAUACCGAUCGCGGAGAUUGCGCUCGAGGUGCCGCUGCAAAUACAUUCCACGAAGCGUUCCGACAAGUAUCUGGUGGCGCAGCAAAAGUCCUCGUCCUCGUCCAAGGCUGCCGGCGGUGCACACAGCAAAAAGGCCAGCAAAAAGUCCAAGCGGCACAGCAAGAAGAGUGGCAGCAGCAAGCAGCAGCGGUACAGCGAAAGCGAUUCCGACAGUGACGAUCCCAAGCCGCUGCACGUGGUCAACACGGUGGUGGAGCUGCCGGAGGGGGCCAUCCUGUCCGACACCGAGGACAAGAACGCCGAAGAUCUGGACGAUCCGCACCGGGCGCUGGACAUUGACUUGGAUGCCCCCAUCGAGGACCAUCGCCCAGCGCAGCGAAAUUCGUCCUCAAAGGCCAGCCGGACCGGUGGUUUGCUGGGUGAGCAUUUGUCCGCCAAAGCAGCAUCCGCCCCACCCACCUCGAACGACAUCGUGGCCAUCGACGCCGAAGAGGCCGGUUCCAAGAGCCAAAGGCACCGCCACAAGAAAGACCGAAAGAAGUCCAAAAAGGAGGACAAAAAACAAGAUCUGCUCGAAGUGGAACAAGAGGACAAGAAGAAGCGAAGGAAGAAGACAAAGUUGGCUGGGGAAGGAGGGGAAGCAAGCAAUGGUGGAGGGGAGGCGGAAGCCAGGCAAAAGCAAAAGAAGAACAAAAAGGAAAAGUUGAGCAAAAGUGAGCAGAAAAAGCUGAUGAGUGGGUACGAGGAAGCCCUCGGAAUCUCGACGCCGAGCAAAGAGGUUAUUUAAUAGAGAGAAAAUUAAGUUUAAAACAGCCUUUUAUUUUUGGUUCUUUCCGUCGCCGCCAACGCAACCGCCUAUCCACUAAACAAAAAGAAAAAAAAACGAAUAAAAAUAGUGUUAUACUCAAAGUACUCAGACUUGUAAGUUUUCUGUUCACAAACAAACAAAUUUGUCAGCGUAAACAACACACACUCUCCUAACACACACUUAAAGUAAGUCAACUUUUAAGAAAGAAUAAAAAACGAAGAUGUCUAAACAAAUUUAAAAAACCAGCUUAAGCUAACCGACGACCCGACGAGAGCAAACAGACUAAAGUCGAUUUUAUUAAACUUUAUUAGGGAGAAAAAAACUCAUGAAAAGAGAAUAAAAAGCCCAGUGUGGUGUUGAAAGAGAAUGAAAUUUUUAGAACAAAUUAACAAAAUGUGGUGCCGCUUGCUAAAUUACUGCGUAGAGCUAGAAAUUUAAACAAAAUAACCCGAAAAAAAUGCAUACUUCCUCGAAGUUGAGUUUAACAGUUCAACAAAAUCGCUGACUGGCAGAA